AUGGACGGCGGUGAGAAGCCAAGAGAUGGACCCGAUACAGCAUCCGCUGCCAUGGAUGAUGGACGAGCAAAGAGACGCUUCGACUGGAAGGCCCUGCUGGGCAACAGGAACAACACAAGCACAAGGCAGCACGGUGGCAGCGGUGACACGUCAGACACCGAGCAGAGUAGUGCUGAGAAGAGGCCAGCAAGAUGGAACAUGGGCAUCAUGAAUGCAGAGACGGAUGAAGUGCCUGGCUCCGUCCUGCUCCUGUCGAAGGUCUCCGAGUACAACGAACCUCUCGGCAUACGAAAUGCCCCAGCACGAACCUCCGCCUCCUCCCUGCCCUACUCGCCUUCAAGAUCCAGCUCGCAGCAACGACGAAGGUCAUCGAUACAAGAGAAGAAGCGGACACCAGACGGCCAGUUUGUGCUUGAUCCACAACCAGACGACUCUCUCAACGACCCGCUGAAUUGGUCGAAGUGGAGAAGAGAUGCUGCACUGUUAUCGUUGGGCUUCUACUGCAUGCUGGGAGGAGGCAUGACUGCCAUCUUGGCGGCAGGCUUCAACAACGUUGCACAUGAGUACGACGUAUCUGAGCCGACAGUCGCACUGACUACGGGUCUGUACAUGAUGGGUCUGGGCAUUGGCAGCGUCCUGCUCAGUCCUACCGCAAUCUUGUACGGCAAGCGGCCUGUGUACCUGGUAGCCUCGGUCGCUUUUGCAUUGUCUGGGGUCUGGUGCGCACUUUCACCGAGCUUCGGCAGCCUUGUCGGAGCUCGUAUCUUUAUGGGCGUUGCUGCGAGCAGUGUGGAAUGUCUCCCCUCUGCUACCAUCGCCGAAAUCUAUUUCCUACACGAGAAAGGGUACAGAUUGGGCAUUUACACACUGCUGCUGCUAGGAGGCAAGAAUCUGGUGCCUCUGGUCAGUGCAGCUGUCAUAGAGAGCCUAGGUUGGAGAUGGGUAUUCUGGAUCGUGGCUAUUGUCGUCGCGUUCGGAGGUGUGCUGCUUUUCCUCUUCGUGCCGGAGACGUUUUGGGAUAGAACACCAAAACCUCGCCGACCGAAGCCGAGACAGCAUGGAAGUACUUGGAGUGUCCAUCAGGUGUGGCAUCAGUUGUCGCACUCUCAGCCGGCAAGUCCGGGUGUGGAAAGAAAGACUAGACUGCUUGCAGCGAAUGCCAACGAUGGUCUUAUCGAUGGACCUGCGACAGAACACAAAACACCUGGUCGACAUGCACACUUCCAGACUGAAUCCUUAAACGACGAAAAGCGUGGCAGUAGUGUUGACAACGGAGAGAACGAGAAGGGCGACGCUACACCACUAGAGCGAGGUCGAGUCUCACCCAAGAGCCAUCCGUCAAUCCCACCACCAGCUCCUGCUGUUGCGGCCCACGAUUACUUUGACAACCACGCAGUGGAUCUACCAGCAGUGGAAAGCCAACUUCCACACGUACUAUCCAGGACUUCGACCAACCACAGUGAAGAUCACGAUCCUCGCAACGCCUACACACAGCGCCUCGACUCCGAGCCCGCUCAGACCUGGGUCCAGUCACUGAAGCCAUACGCCGGCCGACUCUCGAAGGACAACUGGUUCAAGGUUGCUCUCCGACCCUUCAUCCUUUUCGCUUACCCGAGCUUGCUGUGGAGCGCCCUCGUGUACUCUCUAUCCAUCGGCUGGCUUAUCGUCAUCUCAGAAUCCAUCACCACGAUCUACAAGGACCGCAACAUGUACAACUUCACCUCCCUGCAAGCCGGUCUCGUAUACAUUUCCCCCUUCGUCGGCGGUGUCCUAGGUACUGCUGUAGCCGGCAAGUUCUCAGACAUUGUUGUCCGCUACAUGGCCCGCAAGAACGGCGGCAUCUACGAACCCGAGUUCCGCCUCGUCAUGGCAAUCCCCAUCGCCAUCACCACCGUCAUCGGCCUAAUGGGCUACGGCUGGAGCGCCGAAGAACGCGACGCGUGGAUCGUGCCGACCGUCUUCUUCGGCAUAAUCUCAUUCGGCUGCUCCCUAGGCUCUACGACGUCCAUCACCUUCGCAGUCGACUCGUAUCGCCAGUAUGCCGGCGAAGCUCUCGUCACGCUGAACUUCAGCAAGAACAUCUUCCACGGUUUGGUGUUCAGCUUGUUCUUCAAUGAUUGGUUGGAUAGUGAGGGGAGUAAGAGUGUGUUUUUGGCUAUUGGGGGUAUACAGUUGGCUUGUUUGUUUACGACGAUUCCGAUGUAUAUCUAUGGGAAGAGGGCGAGGAUGUGGACGGUGAGGAAGAAUUUGAUGGAGAAGUUUUGA